AUGAACCCGCCUGCCAAGGUCGACCCACGUGGACACGCAGACGGCAAUCCAAAUACUUCGGGUGACUCACAUUCGUCGCUACUGAACACCGUGAACAAGACCGCCUCCUCCAUGGACAUGGAUGCCACCAUGUCUGCUUUUUCCGCUACGGAAGCCUACGUCCAAUCAACCUAUCAACCCCCCGGAGCCGUUUACGACAACCGGAUGGUCAACAACAGUAGCAGCCCCCACCACAACAAUAAAACUCCCGCCACCGCUCCACGCCCCGUCGAUUAUGUACGAAAUCCAACGGAUCGAUCCGUGCUUAUGGAUCACCACGGACGUCCCAUUACGGUCGAUCGCUUGCUCGCCACUAAACCGUUACAGCGCGAACUCUCCACCCGACCCGGACCCGGCAAUCGCAAAAUGCUCUACCUCAGCGGAGAAGGCGUGACCCGCACCCUCAACGAUAUCUUCGGCUACGACGGAUGGAACCUAGACAUACGCAAGGUCACACAGGUGCACCAGCACCAAGAUACCAAAACGACCCGCUGGAACGUGUCCUAUAUGGCGCACACUGGAUUUACAAUCUAA